GUUUUAAAUAGUCAUUUAAAUAAGUGAAAGUGCUGACAAUGUGUGGAGGUUGUGCGGAACCUUUUUUAUAUUUAUUUGGAUUUAAACAAUUCUCCAUAUAUGUUUUUCUGAACAUGAUCGUGGCAGAAGCCUGGAGGUCCAGCUAUCUCUUCUGGGUGUUCCCGCUCCUGAUCGUACUGUUCAUCCUCGCUGUGCUCGGCGUCUUCACCGUCCUCCUCGGAAUCAGGUUAUACGCGCAAUACACCUGCGGCCGCUACCGUGGUAAAGCCAGGAUGGACGGCAAGACAGUGAUCGUGACCGGCUGUACCAGCGGUAUAGGCCGGGAGACAGCCAAGGAGUUGGCCAAGCGGGGCGCUACGGUCAUCAUGGCUUGUAGGAAUGUUGAGGCGGCGGAGAAGAUUAAAGAGAAAAUCCUCGACGCCACAAAGAACACCAAAGUCGAGGUGAAGAAGCUGGACCUCAGUUCCUUCUCUUCCAUCCGCGCCUUCGCCGAAGACAUCAACAAAAACGUUCAAAAACUGGACGUGCUCAUCCACAAUGCCGGCUACGCUGAAACCUUCAAGAGAAACAAGUCUCAGGAUGACAUUGAACUAACAAUGGCUACGAAUCAUUACGGUCCUUUCUUGCUAACACAUCUUCUCAUUGAUUUAUUGAAGAAAAGCGCGCCAUCACGAAUUAUCGUCGUAGCUUCCUCCCUUUAUCGCCUAGCUACGUUUAAUCUUGAAAACCCUAACCCAACAUCAACUUUACCAGGCUAUUUGUACUACGCGUCAAAGGAAGCAAAUAUCCUCUUCACCAAAGAGCUGGCAAGGCGUUUAGAAGGUACCGGAGUUACAGCCAACUGUCUUCAUCCAGGCAUGAUUGACAGCGGAAUUUGGAGGUCUGUCCCCGCGCCUUUAAGCUGGGGUCUUUGGGCUAUCAACAAAUGCUUCUUCAAGACUCCAUUCCAGGGUUGUCAGACAUCAGUUAUGCUAGCUGUAGAUGAACAGCUUGAGAAGGUUACUGGAAAGUAUUAUUCUGAUUGUGCAGAGAGCGCGUUGUCGGAAUCCGUUUCUGAUCCGCAAAGGGCGAGAAAGCUUUGGGAAGUGUCGGAGAAGAUGGUGAAACUUGAGGAGAAUGAUCCGAGGAUUGAAGCAGGAGUACCGCAAUAAGAUAUUGAAAUGGCAUGAAAAUGAAACAGCAGACAUAUUUUACAUUUGAAACUAGCGUUGGGGAUUUUGACAUCGAUUUAUCUCCUUGGAAUGAGCAACAGCAAAGCACUUUUGUUUUUUUUUUAUUAAGUGAUUCAUCAGACAAAGCCUUUUGAUUUGUGUUUUAUUAUGUAGGUAAUUUGAUCAGGUAGGUCUCCAACGUAAUUCGCUUGUCGUAUCAUGGCGACCCUGAGACCCCUGUCUACCUUCAAAAGAUAAACAAAAGUGCCAGUUUUCUCGCAUUACUGUCGUUAUUAAACCUUUUAAAAUGCGAUAUGCGAUGCUUAAGCUCGAAUUUAAUCUUUUGUAUUACUUUUAUUUGAUGUUCAAACUAGGAGUGGAAGGCUCAAAUAGAUUUACGUGUAGGUAAUAUAAUAUUUGACUCGUCCCACGGGUAAAGGUACCUUAUGGCGGUUGGCGCUUACGCUAUUAUUAACGUCGCUCCAAUAUUAUUGCGGCGCUGUGUGACGUAAGCGUCAGCCGCCAUAAGGUACCUUUUUCCGUGGAACGUCACAUUUAUAUAAUAACUCUUCGACGAGUAAAAUUAGCCUGUUGACUUAAAAAGUAUAAUAUACCUACAGAAAUUCCAUUAUAUGUUUCAUAUUCUAAGCAUUAAGUUUUCAAUAUUUGAUAAGCACUAUUUUCAUGUAAAAUUAGGUACAAUUAUGCUAAGCUUGUAAUGAUAAGAUAUUAACUUAUUUUUGGAAUAUUACAUUUACAUUAAGGUGUUUUAUUUUUGCAUUAAACGUUUUUAUAAAA